GAUGAAAAUGAAAGAAGAAAGACAAGAUCUGAAUGAGGAGGAGGAGAAAUAUCAGGAUCAGAAGGAUUGUGAUGUGACUGGAGAAAAAUCAGUGAGUUGCAGCAUUAAAAAAACAGAAGUCAAAAGGCCUUUCAGCUGCUCUCAGUGUGGAAAGAGUUUCACAAGUAAAAGAAACCUGAGGCAUCACAUGUUAAUUCAUGCUGGAAUAAAGCCUUUCACCUGCCCUGAAUGUGGAACGAGUUUUACAUAUAAAGCAAGCCUUAAGACUCACAUGUUAAUUCAUGCUGGGGAAAAGCCUUUCAGCUGCUCUCAGUGUGGAAAUAGUUUUACAUAUAAAGCAAGCCUUAGGACUCACAUGUUAAUUCAUACUGGGAAAAAGCCUUUCAGCUGCUCUCAGUGUGGAAAGAGUUUUACAUAUAAAGCAAGCCUUAAGACUCACAUGUUAGUUCAUACUGGGGAAAAGUCUUUCUCCUGCUCUCAGUGUGGAAAGAGUUUUACAUAUAAAGCAAACCUUAAGACUCACAUGUUAAUUCAUGCUGGGAAAAAGCCUUUCUCCUGCUCUCAGUGUGGAAAGAGUUUUACAUAUAAAGCAAGCCUUAAGACUCACAUGUUAGUUCAUACUGGGGAAAAGUCUUUCUCCUGCUCUCAGUGCGGAAAGACUUUUACACAUAAACCAAGCCUUAAGAAGCACAUGUUAAUUCAUACUGGGAAAAAGCCUUUCAGCUGCUCUCAGUGCGGAAAGACUUUUACACGGAAAGGACAACUUAAGACUCAUUUGGUAACUCACACUUCUGAAAAUUCUUUCACCUGCUCUCAGUGCGGAAAGACUUUUACACAGAAAGGACAACUUAAGACUCAUUUGGUAACUCACACUUCAGAAAAGCCUUACAGCUGCUCUCAGUGUGGAAAGAGUUUUACAUAUAAAUCAAACCUUAAUAGGCACAUGCUAAUUCAUACUGGGAAAAAGCCUUUCACCUGCUCUGAGUGUGGAAAGAGUUUUACACAUAAACCAAGCCUUAAGACUCACAUGUUAAUUCAUAUUGGGAAAAAGUCUUUCACCUGCUCUCAGUGUGGAAAGAGUUUUACAUAUAAAUCAAACCUUAAUAGGCACAUGCUAAUUCAUACUGGGAAAAAGCCUUUCACCUGCUCUGAGUGUGGAAAGAGUUUUACACAUAAACCAAGCCUUAAGACUCACAUGUUAAUUCAUAUUGGGAAAAAGUCUUUCACCUGCUCUCAGUGUGGAAAGAGUUUUACACGGAAAGGACAACUUAAGAAUCAUUUGGUAACUCACUCUACAGAAAAGCCUUACACCUGCUCUCAGUGUGGAAAGAGUUUUACCCAGAAAGGACAACUUAGGGUAGUUGUGUACACACUGCCAACACACAUUUAAGUUCAAACAAUAUGUAAAAGUGACUGUUGCAUCCGAUGACCCCUUUAAACGUAUUAUUCAUUGUAUCAACAAUGUAGCAUAUCAGAGCGAAUCAGACAAUUUAAGAUUCAAACUGAACAGUGUUGAAACAGAAAGCCGAAUUCCACAAAGAUGCCCAAGACAACAGGAUGAUUAUAAAUCAGAUCCCAUCACCAGCCUGAAGUAAGCCUAACCAACCAACUCUUUCACAGCUUUGAACAGCUUGCAGCAUUAAAACAAAAG